CGGUCACACUAAAGUCAAGUCGCCGACAUUGUGCAACGCGAAAUUCGUGAAAAUUUUUUUCAAAUACAAUUUCAAUUUGAGCAAAGAGUAAAGUGAACAAUUAAAACUAGAAAAUGACGGUAAAUAAGCGCGACGCGAGUGCUGCGCGUCCGCGUUGCUUCUUCGACAUAACGCUCGGCGGUCUGCCCGUCGGACGCAUUGUUUUCGAACUGUUUGGCGAUGUGGCUCCCAAAACCGCAGAGAAUUUUCGCUCCCUGUGCACUGGCGAGAAGGGUCUGGGUCUGAUCACAGAGAAAAAAUUGCACUACAAGGGGGCUAUAUUCCAUCGUGUGGUGAAGGAUUUUAUGGUCCAAGCGGGCGAUUUCAGUGCAGGCAACGGUACCGGCGGCGAGUCAAUUUAUGGCGGCACAUUCGAGGAUGAAAGCUUUGAAAAGAAGCACGACCGCCCAUUUCUGCUGUCGAUGGCCAAUCGCGGCAAGAACACAAAUGGCUCGCAGUUCUUUAUUACAACACAGCCUGCGCCACAUUUGGACAAUCUCCAUGUUGUAUUUGGCCAAGUUAUAACCGGGCAGGAGUUGGUCCGGCAAUUGGAAGAGCUGCCCGUUGACAGGAAUUCACGACCGCUGCAGGAUGCGGCCAUAGCCAAUUGUGGAGAGCUGAUCAGACAGACAAAGGCCAAAAAGGAAAAGAAGCGUAGAAAGCGCUCAACGGCCACCGAUGAAACAAACAGCGAGGAUAGCGAGGCGGCGGCAGCGGAGGUUAAGACACAGCAGCGCAAGGACAAAAAAAAGAAGCACCGCAAGCAGGCAAAGGCCAGCGAAAGUGAAGACAGCGACAAAGGACGUGGUAAUGGCCGCCAUGUCCAGCAGCAGCCAGACAAUGACGAGGAGGAGCAAGAGGAAGGCGAACUGCAUCCCUUGGUCACCAUCACCAAGAUAGAUCCUAACGAGAUACCAGAGGUAUCGAACAAAUAUCUCAUGCGCAGCGAAAAGUCUCGGUCCCGGGAUCGCGAGGAGCGUGAGGAUCGCGAAGAUCUCGGCUAUGGUCGAGAUUUGGACCGUGAACGGAAUCGCGAUCGUGGCAAGGACCGUGAACGGGAGCGGGACCGCAAUCGGAAUGCAUUUGGCUGGUCGAAGAAGCAGCCACCGCCCACAUCUCGCAGUGGACGCAUUGUCAAGGGGCGUGGCGUGUUUCGUUUCCGCACACCUUCGCGCAGUCGCUCGAGGAGCAAUACGCCGCCGCACUGGAAGCAUGCCCAGAAGCGGACCAUCAAGCUCUCGGAUCUGGAGCGCAUCGAGGAGGAGAGCAAGAUGCGCGAGGAGGAGACAAGGCGGCGCGAACAGGAGCGCAAGAAGCGCCACGAGGAGGCCAUCAAGAAUCCCAAAAAGUCCUUCUUUGAGCUGUCGCAUGCCAGCACCUACGGCGGCAAAUUGACGCCGGACAGAUCGCCCGAUUAUAAGGGCGGCAGCAAGGCCACAACGACCAGCAAGGAGCCCGACCGCAAGACAAAGGAUGCAAAGGAGAAGCCCAAAGAGGACGCUGCUGCUGCUGCUGCAGCGCCGAAGCGUCGUAAGUCAAUGGACAUGAAUGCCCUCGACUAUGAGCAGCAGACCGAUAGCGAGCCGGAGCCCGAGGCCCCAGCGGUGCUGCCCAUCAAGGAGUCGAAGAAGUCAAGCAAGUCCGAGUCCAAGAUAGAGGCGCCACAGAAGAAGGAGCGCGCCGAAAGCCGCACCAAGCGCGAGGAACGCAAGGCCGACGAGAAGCCCCGCGAUCGCGAUCGACAGCCAUCAAGGCGUUCCCGUGAGCGCUCUGGCUCGCAGCCGCCGACGCGCAACCGCAAUCAGAGGAGUCGCUCCCGUUCGGCCCAGCGCUCCCGUCGUUCGCCGCCUCGUCGGGCGCAGUGGUCGUCGCCGGGACGACGUGGCCAGGGGGGCAAUAAUCAGGGCCAGUUUCAGAGCCAGCACCAUCAGAAUCCGCAUCAGAAUCAGUUUCAGAACCAGCAUCAGAGCCAGAUGAAUCGCAAUCGACGCAAUCCCUUUUCCGACCGGCGGUGGCGGCGGGGGCGUCGUCGUCGCUCGCGCUCCCAGGACGAGUACAAGAAUCGCUUCCCCCUAUCUCCCAUACGAGGACGCGGGGCAUCGCCCAUCGGCGAUCGUCGCCGACCGCAGCAGCAGCAGCGGUCUCGCAGUCGUGGGCGGCGACAGCAAACACCCGAUCGCCCCAAUCACAGACGCCAGGAAUCUCCGGACAGACGUCGUCAGGAGUCGUCACCGGUGGCAAGGAAGCGCCACGAUUCGGCCGUUCGCAAGCGGCAGGAGUCGCCGCCGGGUAACAGAAAACAGAAACAGGACUCGCCACCCAAAAAGCGGCAAAACUCAACCGGACGAAGGCGUCAGGAUUCAUCGCCCGAGCAUCGACGCAGCCGCAGUCGUGGUGGCCGCCGGCGCAGCUCGUCGCGCAGCAACAGCAGAUCCCGGCGCCGGUCACGCAGCAGCAGCCCCCUUCCCAAGCUGACAUCGGCCCUGCCCAUGGAGGAGGACCGUGAAAAGGCGGCACGCGAAAAGAAGCAGAAGCGAGCCGAGGCAGCCCUGCUGCUGAAGGAGCACAUGCGCAAGGAGAUAGCCAAAGAGGAGGAGCGCCGAGCCGAGAAGCAGCGACAGGACGAUCUCGAGAAGGAGCGCACCACCAGAGAGCUGAGCGAGCUGGAGCGCCUCAAGGCGGAAACCCUCAAGAAGCUGCACGACGAGGAUCGGAGUGGCAGUGGACCGGGUGGCGGCGCUGGUACUGGUGCUGGGGCCGCAAUUGCUGCCGCCGAACAGCCCUCGUCCAGCCGGGGCAAGCGCGAGGGCAGCAGCCACGAGGAUCGGCAUCGCGACAAGAAGCGCAAGCAUAAAAAGUCCAAGAAGGCGUCCGCCCGCUCGGACUCCGAUUAGAGUAGAGUUUAAGACACAACAGGACUAUCACAUAUAAAAUCGUAACUUUCGUUCCACCAAUUCGCGACAUUUUACACUCAACGGCAAAUUGUAUAAAUCUCUGUACUGAAGACCGUUCAAUAAAUGCAAACUUUACUUUA